GUUGAAUAAAUGUUUUUCUGCGGGUAUCAUCAUUUUUGGUGGAAACCGAUUAAUCGACUGUCCGAAGCAACUAACCCCUGGUGUCCCCCAGGCAGCCCCUUGAGGGUCUCCAUCAGCUGGUCACCAGAGCAAAAGUGGCUUUUCAUGGCUCCUACGCAAUUUCUGAACGAAACGCUUAGGCAUACAUGAUGGCAGGAUUUGUCUAUUUUCCUCGUCUCCCCCAUCUGCUUUUCCUCGGAAGUCUGUUUGUCCUGGAAUCUCUGGGUCAUGCUGCAGUGCUCGCGACACAGCGCGAGGCCCAACAGGAACUCCAAGGUCUCACCAAUGGGUACACCACCGAGCGGGAAAUUGCGACUCACCAGACUCUCCUAGACGUGGAUCUCAGUCCUUCCUUCGCUGAAAAUGGCCGAGCAGAAAAUGGAGAACUAGGCAUUGAUAACGGAGGCUUUGCAGAAGAGACUCGAGAGCAAGGAGGCGGCAACCCUCUUUCAGAACAGCAAGCGCCGGCGACUCAGCGGCUCAGCUCGGAGAGGCCAUCUUGGCUGCCCUCGGAAGCGGAGAGUUCGACCGGGACCUUCUUAGUUGCGUGAGAAUCGCCAAAGACGUGCAGUUUCACAUGACCGCCGCGUGCCGCACUGUGAAAGCUACGGGGAUCAGGUUACAUGUUUGCAAAGACAGGCGGCAAUACCUGGCUGAGGUUUUGAUGGAGC